CCGGCAUGAACGUUUUUCUAAUUAUGCCAACAUUAAUCAAUCGACAAUGUUUAAUUCGAAACUUUAGAUGCUCUUCACGAUUACACAAUUCCAAUAAAUACCGCCGAAAUUUCGAAGGAAAUGCGCACAACUUUUAUAAUACCAGUGCAUCAGAUGAAAGUCGACAUGGUCUAGGAGGAUACAAGCAAAUUCUAGAAAAAAACAUGGACCCUUCACCUCCAGAAGGAUUCUUGAGUACCGGUCCAUUUCAGAAAUUUAAGGGAUUGUUUAAAUUGGCACCAUACUUCUUGCUAAAUGGGGAACAAAUUCAACCUCUCCAAGAGCCAGGUGAAUUUUAUAAUCAGCUCAAGGAGCACAUCCUUUCUGCAAAGGAACGAAUAUUUUUGGCGUCAUUAUAUAUAGGAUCCAAUGAGAAGGAAUUGGUCGAAACUAUAAGAUCUGCGGUUAAGAAAUCAAAGCAGUUAAAAGUACACAUAUUACUUGACUGCUUGAGGUCUACACGAGCUGACCAUGUUGAUUUGGAUCAAAGUAGCCCUGCCAGUCUUCUCGUGACGCUAGUCAAGGAGUUUCCUGAUCAGGUGACGGUUUCAUUGUAUCAUACUCCCGAUCUUAAGGGAGUUCUUAAAAAACUUAUUCCUCCGAGAUUCAACGAAUCGAUUGGGUUAAUGCACAUCAAAGCGUUUGGCUUUGACGACAACCUGAUGUUGAGUGGAGCAAAUUUGAGUCAUGAUUAUUUCACCAACAGGCAAGAUCGUUAUAUGUUAUUCAAAAAUGCACCCGGUAUCACAAAUUAUUUUGCCGACCUUUUGCGAACGGUUUCAACCUUUUCAUACACGCUAAAGCCAGCGGAAGAGUUCGCAAAACAUGACAAACCAUACGAGUUAGUCUUGUCGCAAUUUCCAGACCCGAUAACCGAAAGCCAUCUAUUCCGAAAAUUCGCGUCAUCAACGGUGAAAGAAUUUGUCAGUAAGUGGACGAAUGACUGUGAGUUGCAAGCACGUCAUCAAAUUAUCCAACAGCAAAAGAACUCGGGGGUACAGACAAACGAGCAGAACGUCAAUUUGGACACAGUUAUUCUUCCGAUUAUUCAGAUGGGGCCGUUUUCAAUUAGGCAAGAUGAAUCGACAACAUUAAGCAUCCUUGAAACGAUCGCAAAAGAAAAUGAUAAUGAAGAAGGACAAUACGGUCGAGUAUUUUUUGCGUCGGGGUAUUUUAAUUUCACACAAAAAUUCAAGGACAAAAUAUUAAACACCAAGGCAAAAUUCAAUGUGUUGGCUGCCUCACCAGAGGCAAAUGGAUUUUAUUAUUCGAAGGGAAUAUCAAAGUAUAUUCCAGACGUCUACACAUUAUUAGAGAAGCAAUUCUAUAAUGAUAUAUUGAAACAUGGAAAAAGUCAUCUGGUGAAACUUGAAGAGUAUAAAAGAUCUAAUUGGACAUUUCAUGCUAAAG